AUGAAGCUCGCCGCGGAGGGUCACAACCUCAUCCCUCUGUACAGGCGCCUCUUCAAUGAUCAGCUCACGCCCAUCCUCGCGUACCGGUGCCUCGUCAAGGAGGACGAGCGCGACGCGCCCAGCUUCCUUCUCGAGUCCGUCGUGGGCGGCACUCAGACCGGUCGUUUCUCGUUCCUGGGUUCCAGGCCCUACAUGGAGGUGAUGGCCAAGGAGAACCACGUGUCCAUCCUCGAUCAUCUCAAGGGCGAGCGCACUCGGUCCGACGAGACCGACCCGAUCACCGUCGCCGGCAAGAUCUCCGAGCGGUGGAACCCCUGCCGUACGAAUGGCCUCCCCGAGUGCUUCACCGGCGGCUGGGUGGGGUACAUGGGCUACGACACGGUCCGAUACCAGUACCUCAACAAGCUCCCGUUCGAGGAGGCGCCCGGGGACGACCGCGCGCUGCCGGACUUGUGUCUGGGUCUGUACCGCGACGUCGUGGUGUUCGACCACGCCACCAAGCAGCUGUACGCGGUGCAUUGGGUGGACACGACCCUCCACGACGGGGACGCGGCGGCGGCGCUGACUGAGGGCGAGGAGUCCCUGGACGCGCUCGUCAGGGCGCUUCAGCCGGAUUCGGUUCCCACGCUGCCGUUCGGCGAGGUGUCCAUGAGCCUGACGCAGCCGCCGACGCCUCCCGCGGACAGCACCAUGUCCAAGGAGGAGUUCCUCGCCGCCGUGGCGGACACCAAGGAGCACAUCAAGGCUGGCGACAUCUUCCAGCUCGUGCUGUCGCACAGGUUCCAGAGGAGCACCUACGCGGACCCGUUCGACGUGUACCGCGCGCUGCGGGUGGUGAACCCGAGCCCGUACAUGAUCUAUCUGCAGGCGCGGGGCAGCAUCCUGGUGGCGUCGUCGCCCGAGAUUUUGUGCCGCACGGAUAAGGAGCGGACCGUCGUGAACCGACCGCUGGCGGGUACCCGGAUGCGGGGUAAGACCGAGGAGGAGGACGUCGCGCUGGAGGUGGACCUCCUCGCGGAUAAGAAGGAGAAGGCCGAGCACGUCAUGCUGGUGGACCUGGGCCGCAACGACGUCGGGCGGGUCAGCAAGGCUGGAACCGUCAAGGUGGAGAAGCUGAUGGAGAUUGAGCGGUAUUCGCACGUCAUGCACAUCUCGUCGACGGUGACCGGAUCCCUCCUGGACGAGCUCGGGCCCUGGGACGUGCUCCGCGCGGCGCUUCCGGCGGGCACGGUCAGCGGCGCGCCCAAGGUGCGCGCGAUGCAGAUCAUCGACGACCUCGAGGUGACCCGACGCGGCCCUUACGGCGGCGGCAUCGGAUACGUGGGGUUCACGGGCGAGAUGGACAUGGCGCUGGCGCUGCGAACGAUGGUGGUGCCCACGGCGCACACGGAUAACAUCUAUAAGUUCAGCAAGGAGGCGUCCGAGCCCCCGCGCGCCAAGCGCGAGUGGGUGAUUCACCUCCAGGCGGGUGCCGGAAUCGUCGCCGACUCCAAUCCGGAGAGCGAGUACCAGGAGACUGUGAACAAGGCGGCAGCCUUGGGGCGCGCCAUCGACCUCGCCGAGGAGGCGUUCGACGUGUAA